CAUAAUUGUGUUAAAAAAUGUAUAAUUUGUUCAAUUUUAAUUUAGGUAAUAGUUUUAGAAACAUAAAUCAUGCGUAUUGAGAAAUGCUAUUUUUGCUCUUCUUCUCUCUACCCUGGUCAUGGAAUUACCUUCUGCAGAAAUGAUAGCAAAGUUUUUCGAUUUUGUCGCUCAAAAUGUCACAAAGCUUUUAAAAUGAAAAGAAAUCCUCGUAAAGUUCGCUGGACAAAAGCAUUUAGAAAGUCACAUGGAAAGGAACUCACAGUGGAUCCAUCAUUUGAGUUUGAAAAGAAGCGAAAUACUCCUCUUUCUUAUGAUAGAGAACUCUGGUCAAAAACAGUGUCUGCCAUUAAACGAAUAGAAGAAAUUAAAACUAAACGCCAAAAUCUUUAUAUAAAAAAUAGAUUAAAAGUAGCAAAGAAACUGUCUAAAGAGCUCGACCUUAAAGAAGUUCAAAAUAACAUUAAUUUGAUAAAAGGACCAAUUAAACGCAAACAAAAGAUUUCUCUUACUCAAGAAGUCAAAGUUGCUGAGGUUGCUAUGGAAACAGAAUAGAAAACUCAGACUAUGUACGUAAAGAAAAUACUAGCAAUACUGGCAAUAAAAGUGUCAGUAAAGUGAAAAGUCGAAAAAAUUUAAUAUGAAUUAUUUGUACUCUUUUUCUAGAAAUAAAAAAAUUUACAAAUAA